GAUCGCGUGUGCCAACGACAAACUCUUUCACUGACGUUGACUGGUCGGGGGCCAUCAUGCUGUCCGAUCACAGUAUAUAAGACUGUCAUCUCAGCUGGUCUCAUCGCUCUUACUCGCUCACACAAACACAGCAUUUUGAUUUGAGACAGACCUCUUGCUCGUCGAGUAGGGCUCGUUGCCUCCAACUCCGUGCUUGGGAUUCGUGGAUCGGACUUGGCUACUUGGUGUGGACUGCUCAAUAUUUCAGAAUGGAUACUCUCUUCGGCAGUGGUCAGCACACUCAUGAGUACAAACCUGAGGAGAUUCAGCAACAGACGUUGGGAGGUCAACAGCAGCCCAUGAAGCCUACAACUGAAGCUGGCUAUGGGGUCGGAAUUCAAGGAGGGCGUACUCAUGAAAGCCCUCUCACAUCAGAGGUCCGAACUGGACCCAUGUAUAGUACUGACACGUUUGACUCGGAGUUGAGAGAGGAAGACUCUCGCAAGCAGAAGAAGGAUAGAGGUAGCCCGAACUCAAUUGAUGAUGCGCUUGUAUCGGUCAAAAAAGAUGACAAGAAUCGUGAGGAAGAUACCUGAAGGUGAAGAUACGGGCCUGGCAUAAUAUCUGAAUCUGUAUGUGUGAAUUUCACGUGGUGCACAGGGUAACUGCAAUCUUGAGAUCGAUGUUUGUUCACUGUGGUGUUAUCAAUGCAGGCACUUCUCAGAGGUGCAAUGUGUAGUAUAACCUCACGACGACCUUCGCGAGGCGUUUCCGUUGUACAUUAGGGAAUAUUGUACACAAUGUAUAAUGAAAGAUAGUCACCUGCUAAAUUCCAAGGGAGAAGAAAGUACUUCGAUAUGCGUCUAUACUUCGCAAGCUAGAAAGAUCUUGAAAUAUGUGAACAUAGUUGAAUUAUUUUUGCACACUUAGUAUCUCAUCUGGUAGAGUUUCAAGCCCGAAAUCUUGUUUAGCACAACAAAGUUUAU